AUGCCUAAGUCAAAGGAACUUGUGUCUUCAAGCUCAUCUGCCAGUGAUUCAGAUAGUGAAGUUGACAAAAAGGCAAAGCGGAAAAAGCAAGCAGCUCCAGAAAAGCCUGUAAAGAAACAAAAGACUGGUGAAAGUUCAAAAGGUGCAGCUUCUUCUAAGCAAAGCAGUAACAGAGACGAGAAUAUGUUUCAGAUUGGCAAAAUGAGGUAUGUCAGCGUUCGUGACUUUAAAGGAAAAGUCUUAAUUGAUAUUAGAGAGUAUUGGAUGGAUCAAGAAGGUGAGAUGAAGCCUGGCAGAAAAGGUAUUUCUUUAAAUCCAGAACAGUGGAAUCAGCUGAAGGAACAGAUUUCUGAUAUUGAUGAUGCAGUAAGAAAACUGUAA